GAAUAAUUCUCCAGUACUCAUUUUUGGCUGUAUUUUUUUGGCUGAAUGUAAUGUGCUUGGACAUAUGGAGAGUAAUUAAGUAAGUUAAGAGAAUAGAUGAAUAUAUUAGUCUGUUAGGUUGAAAGUCUAUCGUUUGUAUGUGAUUCAUUAAGUGUACAAUUGACAUCUAAGCAAUUAUUCAGAACAUUUUAUUAAAUUAAUCAUUAACUAUCAGUGUAUGAACAGCGAGAGAAGCCUCUCGGUGGAUACACACAGAUACUGUACACACCUGUCGGUCUGUGUAAUUACCUGUUUAUAAUUACGGAAACAGUUAUCUUCGUUGUCUCUCUUCUUUAUUAAUUUGUUCAUACAUUGUUUUAAAUUCCAAUUUAAAACAAAUUCAUUUCAUUGGUCUACCACUGAGAAGAAAAACUUGUAGUAUUCCUCUGGUUUCACUUUUUCUUCAAUGUACAUCUAUUGCAGAGCUCUUGUUAUCCCUGAUGCAGGUACUAAGAUGUCAUGCCGUUUUAUGUUAUAUGGUUAUGUUUCAUCUUUUCAUCCUAUCAGCCAGCGUAGACAUAGUGCGUUUUCAGCUAGUUAUUAUAACUUUUUUAUCUGCCACUUUGUAUAUCUUGGAAACUUUUCUAGCUUGUCCACUAUUUUUAGGCAUGGGCAUCCCAUCAAAGUUGCAUAUUCCAGUUUCAAUCAGUCUUGGAAAUAUAUUUUUCCAGCAUUUCUCCAGCCAUAUAUUUAACAUAUAUUCAAAAGAUCUUUUCAUGUAAUUCGCCAGAGACGCAUAGGAGUUUCUCUCCUCUUCUCCUUCUCCUUG